ACACAAGUCAUCCGAGAAGCAAGCACAAGCACUGCACCGAACGAGCAGCGAGCGUGUUGAGGCAGGCAGUCAGUGGCAGUGGGAGUAGGAGACAAGGCUACCGAGAUGAAGGGCCUCUUGUUGCUCGUCAUCGCCCUGGUCGCGUCCGCUGCAUGCCUCGUGACCGUCCGCGGCGCGGGCGAGUGCGGGGCGACGCCGCCGGACAGGAUGGCGCUGAAGCUGGCGCCGUGCGCGUCCGCGGCGCAGAACCCCAGCUCGGCGCCGUCCAACGGCUGCUGCACGGCGGUGCACACCAUCGGGAAGCAGAGCCCCCAGUGCCUCUGCGCCGUCAUGCUGUCCAAGACGGCCAAGAAGUCCGGGAUCAAGCCCGAGGUGGCCAUCACCAUCCCCAAGCGCUGCAACCUCGUCGACCGCCCCGUCGGCUACAAGUGCGGAGAUUACACUCUGCCAUGAGCUGCGCGAGAGCUGCUUGAGCACAUGUGCAUGAUCCGUCGGAGUUAGCACGACGUCCGCAGGAAGUGAUGGUGACGUGUCAGUGUAUGUGUGCGUUGGUAAUAAACGUCGCGGCACUUGUUGUGAUUACCAUACAUGUGGAAGUCCAGUGUGAUAUGAGUGUCUCACAAUCUUCAAAAGAAAUAUGGGUCCUAUCGUAUGUAAGUGUCAGGGUUCCAGAGAUGCUGUCCUGCAUCCUCGAAAUAAAACUUGUCUUCUUGGACA